UUGACAGCUUUUCUGUGUGACAAGUGAUUAUCAAAUAUCAAUUUUCUAUUCGGAGUCGGUGACGAUUUUCUUUUUAAUUGUAAUAUAUCGUAUAUAACAACAAAAUGGACGUAUCCUCCAAAAAUAUUUGUCUAUUUUCGAUUUUUUUACUUUUUAUACUAUCAUCAGUGCAUGGACAGGAUAAGUGCGUUAAAAGAAAUUCGUGUAGUUGCGUAUUUCCGAAUGGCACUGGUAUUGACUUAUCCCCGUCUGCGAAGAAUUCAGUCUACACAUCGAAGACCACUUAUGAAGAGAAAAAUAAGAGCUUAGAAAUAGUGGUGUCCACUUAUUAUUAUCAUCCAUGCUUCGACGUAUUACUAACAGUUAAUCAGUCGUCGCCCAUGAAUGGAACCAGUUGCAAUAAACCUUUGUCGCUAUGUAGGCAUGCAACUACUUGGAAUGGAACCAUUAAAGACCAGCUUACGAAAUAUGGAGACAUUUUUGAAUUUUUGGGAAGUUCAAAUGAUACCACCGAUGGCGCCUAUGGUGUUGAGUUUUCAAAUGAUGGUAGAUCCAUAAAGUAUUUUAAUAAACCAUCGUUCUCAAUUGUGGAUUUGAUAUGUGCCGAAACUGAUGAUCAAUUCUAUGUAAAGGAUCCAUCUGAGCCAAAUCAAAUUGAACUUGCUUUCUUUUCAAGAAAUGCUUGCCUUCGACAAAUUGAGUCAAGCCGGUCAGUGGGGUCCACACUGCUUAUUAUAUUCUUCUCAUUCGUUAUUUUCUACCUGGUCCUCGGAGUUUGUACCAAGAAAUUCUUGAUGGGAGCCACGGGCAUAGAAGUUAUACCAAAUCUCAUGUUCUGGACUGAAUUGCCGAAUCUUGUUAAGGACGGCUGGGCGUUCGCCCUGAACGGCUUCAAGCUGCCGGCGCGCGGGCCCGGGCCCGCCGCGUCGCCCGACCCCAACAGCUACGACUCCAUAUAACAACAGCGCGACGACGCACUGCUCGACGGACAACUCGUGUUCAUCGACUAGCCAGCAACCACACACCGGUACCAUAAAACCGUGAACGGAGAUAUAUAGGUUAUGAAAGAUAUUCUUUUCUCAAAAAGUCGUGGUAAUGUUUACUUUAGGUCUUCAACUAGUGGCUAAGGUCAAUGCGGGGCUGGCAUAUAACAUUUUUGGUCGGAAAGCAGGAAUUGGCUGUUUUGGAUUGGUUUAGUAUCCAUAACGUGCCUGAAUAAGCGUGCAACUUCGCCAUUCUCCUUAUAGAUCGUGUCAUUCACGAAGACGCGUACCUUCAUUCGUAUUGUUAUGCUAUUAAUAGUUAGAUUAGACAAAUCUGCGCGUCAUCGUGGAUGACACAACUAUAACCCUCACAGCCGUCCAUAGCCGACAGUAUAAAAUGAUUCUUAACACAUUCUAAUAAGUUUUUUAUUGCGUGUCAUAUAAUAGUCGUGGCUGUCAAAAGGUAGGACUGAAUCGUGUGAUAAGAUAGUAGUAAUCGGAGUGGAUUCUCGUCAGGGAUUUUAGUUUUGAAGCAGCAUCAACUAGGGCCCGUGGCUAAUUCAUGGAAUGCGGGUAAUGGGGGCCUCUUCUCGCCGGCUCUCGUUCUAAUUGGGGCCUCUCAGGGGCCCGUGGCAUAUUGCCCCCAUAUAGUCACUACUUACUACUCUACACUUAUUAAGACAAGUGAGAAUUUGGUGAAAUAUGCAUAUUAUUUUGAUAUUUUCUAUAUCAUUCUAGUUUGACAUCAAGAUCAGUAAUCUAAGGUAAGUCACAUAUCGGUUGUUUGCGUAACAAGUACAGUAAAAUUAGAUAUUGUAAUAGUAUUCAUGUAGAAGUAUAUUAUUGAAUGUCAGUAAUAUUUAUUUUGUACUAGGAACUGAAUAAGGUUAUUGUGUUCAUAUAAAUUAUCCGGUAUUUCAUUUAAUUAUUCGUUUGUUAUUGUAAUUUAUUCGUCUUGUAUACUCACUUCCUCAAUGCCCUUAUCUAAAUACCAAGUCAUAUAUUUACCGGAAACUGUUCCUGAACUGUACAAUAGGUAUAUAUUUAAUAUAUUUUUUUCAAUACAGUGGUAUUUGCACGUACUCUAAAGAAAAUUAGGCAUAAAGAAUAGAAAUUUCAACAAUUUUAAAUUCAUUCAUCUCAUUCCCCUGGCUAUGCCUAUUCGCAAAUCCCCAGGAGAUUUCGCUCAGCAGUUAUGGUUGUAGAUGGAACUUUGCAUGGGUUACACAGUCACCAAGAAUGAAAUGCUAAUAAAACAACAUCUCCUGGGAUUUGGGAUGCCAGGGGAAUGAGAUUUUUGUAGAAUGACCCUAUUAUCUUCCGUAUUCUACUUUAAACUGGAUAAAAAAUGUAGUGAAACCGUAACAAUUUAUACCCAUAUUUCUGAAUGUUUUGACUUUUAAUAUGUUUAUUCCGUUUGAAUAUAUUUUUCUAAUACCAUAAGAUAACAUAAUUUUUACAUGUAUACUCGUAUAAGUAUAAAUAACAAGGCUGAUAGUUAGGCUUCUGAAAUCCCGUGGCCGUAAUUCCUGAACUAAAUUAUUUUCGUCGUAAUUUUGCCUUUCGGGACUAAAUGGCACUGUACAGUGCUACAGAUGUAUUGAAUAAUCCUUUACCAUCGUAUUUUCACGGAAACGCACGAACGUGGCAACAAAAUGUACUGAGGUCGACUUAAGUAGCAUGAGAAAUACGAACGUUUCCUGAGAAAAUACGAUGGCAAAGGAUUGUUCACUACAUCUGUAUGACCUUAGCAAUUGGACAAAUCCUGAAAUCCCACGUAGGGUUACUACUCAGAAAUGCUCUGACGGUAAUAUUUUUUUAA